AUGUCUGGAUUGCACCCCGCCCAAUCGGUGGCAACGUCGACGGACAAGGCAGAUGUGUUUUCCGAAGCGAAAAAUUUCUCACCCCGCAUGCCAGAACGCCGCCGGCUUCAACAAUUCUUCCUCGGCCAUUCUCGGCUUCUCGGUCCGUCCGCAACAUUCACUGCCGACAACCGCUUCGUCAGGACUCACCAACACUCAGUCAUCUCGCCACUCAAUGACUCACCUCCCACGCGUACCAUGCGCCGACAAGGCACAACUCACAGGCCGUCCGUGUCGUGCGGAACAGCGGGCGCACUUGCAGCUACUUGCAGCCCAAUCUACCCCACGUCUUCCCUGGUUCGCGGGAAGGCGGCGCAAGAAUAA